AUGGCAAAAGUAAUUGUCGCCAUAAUGUGUAUGGCAUUAUACACAUUGACAAUGGCAGCUAACGCCAUAACAAAAGACCUUGGGUCUACUAACACGAAGUACCAGGAAGCCAGAAGUAAUGAGAACUACAAUCUUGAUAUGGAACGGAUCAUGAACGAAUGUAAUGAGACUUUUCGGAUUGAAAUGACAUACUUGGAAUCACUUAACGAAACCGGCAGUUUUAGUGAUGAAGCUGAUAAGACUCCAAAGUGUUUCAUCCGCUGCAUGUUGGAAAACAUGGAUAUAAUGUCGUCAGAAGACGGGAUGUUCAACCCAGCCAGAGCGGCGAUAUUAUUUGCAGGAGAUCGUAACGGAAAGCCUAUGGAGGAUAUCGGAGAUUUGACUGCAAUUUGUGCAGAUAGAAGAGAACCAUGCAAAUGCGAAAGAGCUUACCAAUUCAUGAGGUGUUUGAUGUCUAUGGAAAUAGAAAAAUACGAGUCCAAGAAAUAA